CAUUGGCCAGACCGGAGUUAGCUAGCGAAGAUCUGCUGUAUCAUGGCAUCGUGAAGGAGAACGAGCAGCUUGUGCAGGUGUCGCCACCUAUCAGGAUCAAAACAGGGUCGGCGGAGGUGUGUCACUACAGGGUGACACGACACGGUGAGCUGCCGCUGGAGGUAGAGCUAGUUGACAAGGUGACAGGCGAGGCACGGAUCGUCGUCACUAGCGAGUUGAACUGCGAACGACGUCAGCAUUACAAGUUCCACUUCACCGCCAUCGGCUGCGACGGAACCCAUUCGAAGAG